GCUCCUGCCGGGACAGGGCCGGGGCCGCUGAAUGCCGCUUCUCCGCUCUUGCUGCCUGCCCGGCGGGCUCCGGCGGCCGCAAGGUGGGGCACCAAGGCCCUGUGCUAAGCACUCAUAAUCCUUGGGGAGUGUGCCCCUAAACACAGCACCCCCACCAUGUUUAACCUGAUGAAGAAAGACAAGGACAGAGAUGGCGGGCGGAAGGAGAAGAAGGAGAAGAAGGAGAAGAAGGAGCGGAUGUCAGCGGCAGAGCUGCGGAGCCUGGAAGAGAUGGGCCUGCGACGCGGCUUCUUCAACCUGAACCGCUCCUCCAAGCGGGACUCUAAGACGCGCCUGGAAAUCUCUAACCCCAUCCCCAUCAAGGUGGCCAGCGGUUCCGACCUGCACCUGACGGACAUCGACUCGGACAGCAACAGGGGCAGCGUCAUCCUGGACUCAGGCCACUUGAGCACAGCCAGCUCCAGCGAUGACCUCAAGGGUGAGGAAGGCAGCUUACGUGGCUCGGUGCUGCAGCGGGCAGCCAAGUUCGGCUCCCUGGCCAAGCAGAACUCACAGAUGAUUGUCAAGCGCUUCUCCUUCUCCCAGCGCAGCCGGGAUGAGAGCGCGUCAGAAACCUCCACGCCCUCCGAGCACUCUGCUGCCCCGUCUCCGCAGGUGGAGGUGCGGACUCUAGAGGGCCAGCUGACGCAGCAUCCUGGCCCAGGCAUCCCUCGGCCGGGACCUCGGUCUCGAGUCCCUGAGCUGGUAACUAAGAGGUUCCCGGCCGACCUGCGCUUGCCCCCCGUGAUGCCCCCGCCACCCCCUGCCCUCCGGGAGCUGGAAUUGCAGCGGCGACCCACCGGGGACUUUGGCUUCUCCCUGCGGCGCACAACCAUGCUGGAUCGGGGCCCCGAGGGCCAGGCCUAUCGGAGGGUGGUUCACUUUGCUGAGCCUGGUGCAGGCACCAAGGACCUGGCCCUGGGGCUGGUGCCCGGUGAUCGCCUGGUGGAGAUCAAUGGGCACAACGUGGAGAGCAAGUCCAGGGAUGAGAUCGUGGAGAUGAUCCGGCAGUCCGGGGACAGCGUGCGGCUCAAGGUGCAGCCCAUCCCGGAGCUCAGCGAGCUGAGCCGGAGCUGGCUGCGGAGUGGCGAGGGACCCCGCAGGGAGCCAGCCCAUCUGGACCCUGAGGCCGCCUCUCCCGCCCACAGCCAGGUGAAGACAGAAGAGCAGAUCACCGCGGAGGAGGCCUGGUGUGAGACGGAGAAGGUGUGGCUGGUCCAUAAGGACGGCUUCUCGCUGGCCAGUCAGCUCAAAUCUGAGGAGCUCAGCUUGCCCGAGGGGAAGGUGCGCGUGAAGCUAGACCACGAUGGAACCAUCCUGGACGUGGACGAGGAGGACGUGGAGAAGGCUAAUGCUCCCCCCUGCGACCGUCUAGAAGAUCUGGCCUCGCUGGUGUACCUCAACGAGUCCAGCGUCCUGCACACGCUGCGCCAGCGCUAUGGCGCCAGCCUGCUGCACACCUACGCCGGCCCCAGCCUGCUCGUCCUCAGCCCCCGGGGGGCCCCGGCUGUGUACUCCGAGAAGGUGAUGCACAUGUUCAAGGGGUGUCGGCGGGAGGACAUGGCCCCCCACAUCUACGCCGUGGCCCAGACCGCGUACAGGGCGAUGCUGAUGAGCCGUCAGGACCAGUCCAUCAUCCUCCUGGGCAGUAGUGGCAGUGGCAAGACCACCAGCUGCCAGCAUCUGGUGCAGUAUUUGGCCACCAUCGCGGGCACCAGCGGGAACAAGGUGUUUUCUGUGGACAAGUGGCAGGCUCUGUACACCCUCCUGGAAGCCUUUGGGAACAGCCCCACCAUCAUGAAUGGCAACGCCACCCGCUUCUCCCAGAUCCUCUCUCUGGACUUUGACCAGGCUGGCCAGGUGGCCUCCGCCUCCAUUCAGACAAUGCUUCUGGAGAAGCUGCGUGUGGCUCGGCGCCCAGCGGGUGAGGCCACAUUCAACAUCUUCUACUACCUGCUGGCCUGUGGGGACGGCACCCUCAGGACAGAGCUCCACUUGAACCACUUGGCAGAGAACAAUGUGUUUGGGAUCGUGCCACUGGCCAAGCCUGAGGAGAAGCAGAAGGCGGCUCAGCAGUUCAGUAAGCUGCAGACGGCCAUGAGGGUGCUGGGCAUCUCCCCCGAUGAACAGAAAGCCUGCUGGCUCAUCCUGGCUGCCAUCUACCACCUGGGAGCUGCAGGCGCCACCAAAGAGGCCCCCGAGGAGCAAGCGGAAGCCGCCGAAGCUGGGCGUAGGCAGUUUGCCCGUCAUGAGUGGGCCCAGAAGGCUGCGUACCUGCUGGGCUGCAGCCUGGAAGAGCUCUCCUCGGCCAUCUUCAAGCACCAGCACCAGGCCAGCACCCUGCAGCGCUCCACCUCCUUCCGCCAGGGCCCUGAGGAGAGCAGCCUGGGGGACAGCACAGGCCCCAAACUCAGCGCACUGGAGUGCUUGGAGGGCAUGGCGUCUGGCCUCUACAGCGAGCUCUUCACGCUUCUCAUUUCCCUGGUGAACAGGGCGCUCAAGUCUAGCCAGCACUCGCUCUGCUCUAUGAUGAUCGUGGACACUCCCGGCUUCCAGAACCCUGAGCAGGGUGGGUCAGCCCGCGGGGCCUCCUUUGAGGAGCUGUGCCACAACUAUGCCCAGGACCGGCUGCAGAGGCUCUUCCAUGAGCGCACCUUUGUGCAGGAGUUGGAAAGAUACAAAGAGGAGAACAUCGAGGUGGCGUUUGAUGAUUUGGAGCCAGCCACGGACGACUCUGUAGCCGCAGUGGACCAAGCCUGCCAUCAGUCCCUGGUCCGCUCCCUGGCCCGCACAGACGAGGCGAGGGGCCUGCUGUGGUUAUUGGAAGAAGAGGCGCUGGUGCCUGGGGCCACUGAGGAUGCCCUCCUGGAACGCCUUUUCUCCUACUACGGCCCCCGGGAAGGUGACAAAAAAGGCCAGAGCCCCCUCCUGCGCAGCAGCAAACCACACCAUUUUCUCCUGGGCCACAGCCACGGCACCAACUGGGUGGAGUACAACGCAGCUGGCUGGCUGAGCUACACCAAGCAGAACCCGGCCACCCAGAACGCCCCCCGGCUCCUGCAGGACUCCCAGAAAAAAAUCAUCAGCAACCUGUUUCUGGGCCGAGCGGGCAGCGCCACAGUGCUCUCGGGCUCCAUCGCGGGCCUGGAGGGCGGCUCGCAGCUGGCGCUGCGCCGGGCCACCAGCAUGCGGAAGACCUUCACCACGGGCGUGGCGGCUGUCAAGAAGAAGUCCCUGUGCAUCCAGAUUAAGCUGCAAGUGGACGCCCUCAUCGACACCAUCAAGAAGUCAAAGCUGCACUUUGUGCACUGUUUCCUGCCUGUGGCGGAAGGCUGGGCCGGGGAGCCCCGUUCCGCCUCCUCCCGCAGAGUCAGCAGCAGCAGCGAGCUGGACCUGCCCCCGGGCGAGCACUGCGAUGCCGGGCUCCUGCCACUGGACGUGCCCCUGCUCCGCACCCAGCUUCGAGGCUCCCGCCUGCUUGAUGCCAUGCGCAUGUACCGCCAAGGUUAUCCUGACCACAUGGUGUUUGCCGAGUUCCGCCGCCGCUUCGACGUCCUGGCCCCACACCUGACCAAGAAACAUGGGCGCAACUACAUCGUGGUGGAUGAGAGGCGGGCGGUGGAGGAGCUGCUGGAAUCCUUGGACCUGGAGAAGAGUAGCUGCUGCAUGGGCCUGAGUCGGGUGUUCUUCCGGGCGGGCACGUUGGCAAGGCUGGAAGAGCAGCGGGAUGAACAGACCAGCAGGAACUUAACCCUGUUCCAAGCGGCCUGCAGGGGCUACCUGGCCCGCCAGCUCUUCAAGAAGAAAAAGAUCCAAGACCUGGCCAUUCGCUGUGUGCAGAAGAACAUCAAGAAGAACAAAGGGGUGAAGGACUGGCCCUGGUGGAAGCUCUUCACCACCGUGCGGCCCCUCAUUGAGGUGCAGCUCUCCGAGGAGCAGAUCCGGAACAGAGACGAGGAGAUCCAGCAGCUGAGGAGCAAGCUUGAGAAGGUGGAGAAGGAGCGGAACGAGCUGCGGCUUAGCAGCGACCGGCUGGAGACCCGGAUCUCGGAGCUGACAUCGGAGCUGACGGAUGAACGUAACACGGGAGAGUCCGCCUCCCAGCUGCUGGACGCGGAGACCGCAGAGAGGCUCCGGGCCGAGAAGGAGAUGAAGGAGCUGCAGACCCAGUACGAUGCACUGAAGAAGAAAAUGGAGGUGAUGGAAAUGGAGGUGAUGGAGGCCCGUCUCAUCCGGGCAGCUGAGGUCAACGGGGAAGUGGAUGAUGAGGACACAGGCGGUGAGUGGCGUCUGAAGUAUGAGCGAGCAAUGCGGGAGGUGGACUUCACCAAGAAGCGGCUCCAGCAGGAGUUUGAGGACAAGCUGGAGGUGGAGCAGCAGAACAAGAGGCAGCUGGAGAGGCGGCUCGGGGACCUGCAGGCUGAUAGUGAUGAGAGCCAGCGGGCCCUGCAGCAGCUCAAGAAGAAGUGCCAGCGGCUGACGGCCGAGCUGCAGGACACCAAGCUGCACCUGGAGGGCCAGCAGGUCCGCAACCAUGAGCUGGAGAAGAAGCAGAGGAGGUUUGACAGCGAGCUCUCGCAGGCGCAUGAGGAGGCCCAGCGGGAGAAGCUGCAGCGGGAGAAGCUGCAGCGGGAAAAGGACACGCUCCUCGCCGAGGCUUUCAGCCUGAAGCAGCAACUAGAGGAAAAAGACAUGGACAUUGCAGGAUUCACCCAGAAGGUUGUGUCAUUAGAGGCUGAGCUCCAGGACAUUUCUUCCCAAGAGUCCAAGGAUGAGGCCUCUCUGGCCAAAGUCAAGAAACAGCUCCGAGACCUGGAGGCCAAGGUCAAGGAUCAGGAAGAGGAGCUGGACGAACAGGCGGGGACCAUCCAGAUGCUGGAGCAGGCCAAGCUGCGACUCGAGAUGGAGAUGGAGCGGAUGAGGCAGACCCAUUCCAAGGAGAUGGAGAGUCGAGAUGAGGAGGUGGAGGAGGCCCGGCAGUCAUGUCAGAAGAAGUUAAAGCAAAUGGAAGUACAGCUCGAGGAGGAGUAUGAGGACAAGCAGAAGGUGCUGCGAGAGAAGCGGGAGCUGGAGAGCAAGCUGGCCACCCUCAGCGACCAGGUGAACCAGCGGGACUUUGAGUCAGAGAAGCGGCUCCGGAAAGACCUGAAGCGCACCAAGGCCCUGCUGGCAGAUGCCCAGAUCAUGCUGGACCACCUGAAGAACAACGCCCCCAGCAAGAGGGAGAUCGCGCAGCUGAAGAACCAGCUGGAGGAGUCAGAAUUCACCUGUGCAGCAGCUGUGAAAGCACGAAAAGCAAUGGAGGUGGAGAUCGAAGACCUGCACCUGCAGAUUGAUGAUAUCGCCAAAGCCAAGACAGCGCUGGAGGAGCAGCUGAGCCGCCUUCAGCGUGAGAAGAAUGAGAUUCAGAACCGGCUGGAGGAGGAUCAGGAGGACAUGAAUGAGCUGAUGAAGAAGCACAAGGCAGCUGUGGCUCAGGCCUCCCGGGACCUGGCACAGAUGAAUGAUCUCCAAGCUCAACUGGAAGAAGCCAACAAAGAGAAGCAAGAGCUACAGGAGAAGCUACAAGCCCUCCAGAGCCAAGUGGAGUUCCUAGAGCAGUCCAUGGUGGACAAGUCCCUGGUGAGCCGGCAGGAAGCUAAGAUCCGGGAGCUGGAGACACGCCUGGAGUUCGAAAGGACCCAAGUGAAGCGGCUGGAGAGCCUGGCCAGCCGGCUCAAGGAGAACAUGGAGAAGCUGACGGAGGAACGAGACCAGCGCACGGCCGCUGAGAACCGGGAGAAGGAGCAAAACAAGAGGCUACAGCGGCAGCUCCGAGACACCAAGGAGGAGAUGGGCGAGCUUGCCAGGAAGGAGGCCGAGGCAAGCCGCAAGAAGCAUGAACUGGAGAUGGAUCUGGAGAGUCUGGAAGCUGCAAACCAGAGCCUGCAGGCUGAUCUGAAACUGGCGUUCAAGCGCAUCGGGGACCUGCAGGCUGCCAUUGAGGACGAAAUGGAGAGCGAUGAGAACGAGGACCUUAUCAACAGUGAGGGGGACUCAGACAUGGACUCGGAGCUGGAGGACCGGGUCGACGGGGUCAAGUCAUGGUUAUCAAAAAACAAGGGGCCUUCCAAGGCGGCUUCUGACGAUGGCAGCUUGAAGAGUUCCAGCCCCACCAGCUACUGGAAGUCCCUUGCCCCUGACCGGUCAGAUGAUGAGCACGACCCUCUCGACAGCACCUCCAGACCCCGAUACGCCCACAACUAUCUGAGUGACAGCGACACAGAGGCCAAGCAGACAGAGACCAACGCCUAGCCCGGGGAGUGAUGUUAUACCCCUCCUACCCAGGGCCCACUGCUGCCAUGGCACACGGGGCACGGGUCUCCCCCACCGGACUGCGGAUCUGCAUGGGAAACACCUGACCCUCUUCAGUCAGGACGCUUCCCAGGCUGUGGGUAUCUGACGUCUCCACAUGGAAGAGGUGGAGGGAAGAGCAGAAAAGAGAACUUUCUGCUCCUGCCUUGGGCCACCAUGGGUGGCAGGUGGCUUGGCACUGCGUGGAGCCAGCAUGUUGACCUGCAUCUCAGCCCCCUGCUCAGGGACGGUGGACAGAUUGCCUACUGGGACAUUCUCGGGUUGCUGGGUCCACGGGGAGGCGUUUAGGGUGGGAACAGCAAUUCCUUCCCCCUGGCUUGGGGUGAGGGCUUUUUCUUCUCAGUGCCUGCUGUCUUUUUACUUUAAUUUAAAUCCCCAACCUCUCCAUCAUCAAAGCUGCACCCCUGAGAGUGGGAGGGGGCUGCGGCGGCAGCCGGCCCUGCCUCCCCGCAUGGGAGUGACUAGGGGAAUCUCAACCACAUCUUCACUCUUCAGAGAACAGUCCUUUCUCUGUGCAGCUGGAGAGACUGGUGAGCAGAACUGGGUCCAGGUCCUUAAGAGUCCGCGCGGGGAGGGGCUCUCAGGUGCUUCUGGGUUUGGGUUGAGCAAACCUCCACAGACAGGGCUGCACAUGUACCAGCCAGAACUUCCAGCCCCCACCCCUUUGCCUCAUCAGUGUGUUAAGUGCAAUGACCUAUUUAAGAGUAAACCCAUCCCACCCACGCCAAUUCGGGGCUUAUCCAAGCACUGCCUCCCCUCCGCCUCUGUCCAAGUUGCCUGGAUCACAAGCUCAACUUGAGAGCGAAGGCCUUGGGUUGAGGGCUUAUGAUCAGAAAGCCUGAGGAUGGAAGUUUUGGUCAGUAACAAUGUGUAUUAGACACACGAGUCCUCACCCUAUGUUCUGAGACUGAGUUAUUUUUCUUCUUCCAGUCGUCCUGCCCCACACACUUAUCCUAGACACGACAACAUGCGGACUGACAGUCCCAGCCCCCACCCUCAAGGUCAUCCCACCAACCAACCCCACCAGCCUUGGGGGCCCAAGGGCAGUGCUGCCUGGUGCCGCUCUCUUCUGCUGUCCCUGCUCCCCUCCUGCAAUUAGUUUGUACUCAUUGGGCUGUGCUCUCUUCCCUGUUUACCUGAUGUAUAGAAAUAAAUGUCCUUUUCCUCCUC